AUGGCUGUUUUAUACCCCAAUUCCAUUCACUCCUUCUACUUUUCUUGCUCAAUACGAACUCAGCCGUUGACGGGGCAAGACAUCCGAUUCGUUUUGACCAGUGCGAGAAAACGAACACCCUUCCUGGUCAAAAAUGAAUUGAACGUCCAGUGCUUUCAAAGAACUCCCUUCUCCCCAGCCACUUCAUCCGGCUCUUCUCGGGAGAUCCCGAGGCGUUCCCGGGCCAACCCGGAGACGACAUCUCCCCGGCGGGAGGCGACCCAGUGGCAUCCUAAUCGGAUCCCCGAGCCGCCUCAUCUGGCUCCUCUCGAUGCGGACGCGCAGCGGCUCGACUCCCAGAUGACCCGGCUUCUCACCUUAUCUCUAAGGAAGAGCCUACAGAAAAAACUCAUUUCGGCCGCCUGUAUCCGGGACCUUGUUCUUCUGGUCGCGACCCACGGUGAGGGUAGGGACGUAGAUCGACCGAUAAACGGAGAGCUUUUCGGCUCGGCUCCCUCUUUGCCGCGACGGAACAAUGCAGAAUCCGCAUCACUGCGGCCUGUUUUUAUUCAUUUUAAGGGACUCUUUAGUGUUUAUGAACUGAUUCGUAAGAUGACGGGGACAUUCAUCGUCAAUGCGGUCAACUUUAUGCACCGUCAAACAUGCUUAAGAGAAAGAAAUUACUUCUACAUGAAAACAUCACUGUUGAGGCUUCUGGGCAUAUGGCACACACCCUUUUACACCGCUCACCUGUGGACCAAGUACUUAGCUAAGUCCAUGCAGAGGCUAAAUGUAGCCUAUAAUGAUACCUUGACGCUGUUAGUGUGUGUACAGCGCCAGUAAAUUAUUUGUCAGGUCUGGGUUUAAAGCGCUAUAAAGAAAUCUGAUGUACAAGUUCAUCGGUCCAUUCAAUGAGUCUGAAAAUGGUAUUUUCUUGAAAAUAACGAACCCAACAAAAAGUUAUAGACGUAGCUCAUGCAUGUGGCGCCAUUGGCUUUUGUAAAAGCCUGUUUGUGGUGCACAGAUUGGGUUUUCUUUUCUAGUGUCUGUUCCUGUGCUGUUCCUUAUGUCAUUUUUCUUUUGGUUUGUGUGCUAUGGUCACCCUGUGUGACUCCUGAAUAAAGAUAAUAUAUAAUAACGUUUGAUCGAUUAUAAGAGCAAUAUUUGUUCAAAAAUGAUUGUAUUUCGUUUUUUUU